AUGAAUUUCAACGGGGCCGGCGAUUCUUCAGGACAGCUACCUACAAAUACAUCGGGCAAACUGGACCGAGGAAAACUUAAGGGGUCUGCUGAGCAACUUACAGACCUUCAACUUGCUGCCUAUGGGCUUGUGGGUGCUACAAAAGUUCAACCCUCCACUGACAUGGAAUCCCUGAUACAAACUUUGUGGGGCGAGGUAUUGAAUGUUAAUCCUGAUUCUGUAAGCAUUCUGGAUGACUUUUUCCAUUUGGGAGGUGACUCGGUUGCUGCUAUGCGGGUUGUAGCAGCGGGACGGUAUAUAGGAGUUGUCUUGACUGUUGGUGACAUCUUCCGUCAUAGAAACAUUCGUGACCUUGCUAUGAUUGCCAGACAUGAAAACAACGACGAAGAAGACAAAUUCCUCGAACCUUUUUCUAUCUGGCCUGGAGAAGAAAUUGACAAGCAAAUAAGGCUUGAUGCAAUCGCAGAAGCUUGCAGCGUAUCUGAGGAGCAUAUAGAGGAUAUCUACCCGUGCACACCACUACAGGAAGCCCUCGUGGACAUUACCCUUCGGCAACCCUCUGCAUAUGUCAAUUCGACAGCAAUGGCGAUACCUGAUAAUGCUGACUUGCUGCAAGUAAUACAAACUUGGGAGAAAUUAUACGAGUUAAAUCCUAUACUUCGCACAAGAAUCGUUCGGGCAACUAGCCCUAACCAUGGGUUUUUGCAGGUGGUUGUCAAAGCAAAAAUUGAUUGGCACCGAUAUUCUACAUUACAGGACUAUUGGAGUCAAGAAGCUGUUACAUCUAUCUCACUUGGCUCACAACUAGCCAGCUAUGCCAUCAUACUUGGAGAACAUGGAGGGCAGCGACAAUUUGUUUGGAAAGUACAUCAUGCUCUAUAUGAUGGGUGGAGCAUACGAUUACUCUUCUCACAGUAUGACCGGCUUAUAAAUGGGGAACGCAUUCCUGCGUCUGUGCCUUUCAACAGCUUCAUAGGAUAUCUGCAGGAAACAGACCAGCUGGCUGCACAUCAAUUUUGGGACUCGCAGCUUAGAGGAGAUCUCCCAUUAGGGUUCCCGACCUUGCCCUCAGCAAGCUAUCAGCCUCAACCGAACAGGACUGAGAGUCACUUCAUCAAUCUCGACCCAACUACAGUUGUCAAGACAUCUCUAUCAAUACUUCUUCGUGCUGCUUGGGCUUUGGUGGUGGCCAGUCAGACUGGCUCAGAUGAUGUCCUUUUCGCUGCUACCCUUUCCGGCAGAGACACUCCUAUUAAUGGCAUUGCAGAAAUAGUGGGAUCGACAAUAACUACUGUUCCAGUUCGUAUACAAAUCACGCGGCAGGACACAGUGUACGGGUACAUAAACAAGAUAGAGUCGCAAGCUGUGGAUAUGAUGCCAUUUCAACACACUGGUCUUCAAGGCAUUGCACAGCCUUCCUUGGGACCUCGUCGGCGUUUGGAUCUCAAGCAUCUCUUUGUUGUACAGCCGCAACUACUAGAUGAUCCGGCUGGAAAUGCACCAGGUCUUAAGGUUCAAGGAGGGUCAAUGGUUGGGUUUGACUCCUAUGCCUUAGUGAUCGAUUGUAGUGUUGAGUCUCAUGGUGUGCAAGUGGAGGCCAGAUACGAUGACUCCGUCAUGAGCUCGAUGAUGGUACAAAAAGUACUGGAGCAAUUCGCGCAUUUCAGUAAAGGCCUCGCCACCAGUGAUAGCCAGGUUCGUUUGUCCGAGAUACCACUAGCCAGCUCCACUGAUACGCAUCAAAUACUUGCCUGGAAUUCCACCCGGCCUUCUGCAGUCCCGGAGUGCCUCCAUCGCUUGGUUGAAUCCCAGGUGGCGCUCCACCCUAAUGCACCUGCUAUCUGCGCCUGGGAUGGCCUACUGACCUACCAAGAGCUGGAUGAUCUUGCCUCUCGCGUGGCCCACCAUCUUCUUACCCUCAAUGUGGGUCCGGAGAUUAUGGUUCCUCUCUAUUUCGAGAAAUCUCUCUGGACAAUUGUUGCUAUGCUGGCAGUCCUGAAGGCAGGUGGUGCUUAUGUUCCGCUCAAUCCAGAGCAUCCCAUUGAGAGAAUUAAGCAGAUGAUCCGAGACAUCAAUGCUCCAUUUGUUCUUACAAGCUCAACAUAUGCUGAGAGGUUUGACCAUUCAUUGAUAAUAAACAGUGAAUUUGUUCAAGGCCUUUCUCCAGCCCCGGUCUUCUCUACAGCUGUACAUCCUCGAAAUGCCGCGAUCGUGGUAUUUACUUCAGGCAGUACAGGAACUCCUAAGGGUGUGGUCCUUGAGCAUCAGUCACUCUGUACCAUGAUACGCGCUGAGGGUUCAUCAAUGGGAUUUAGCUCAGGAACCCGUGCUCUUCAUUUUGCAGCACCCAGUUUCGAUGUGAACAACAGUGAGGUCGUUACAACCCUGGCCCAUGGAGGCUGUGUUUGUGUACCAUCGGACUAUCAGCGUAUGAACGAUCUUUCUACAGCGAUCACGCAGAUGAAUGUCAACUGGCUGUUUAUGACUCCAAGUCUGGCAGCACAUAUUGACCCUGAUUCUGUUCCCUGCGUCACCCAUCUAGCUCUUGGUGGAGAAGCAAUCCCGGCUAGCGUGAUGGAUCGAUGGAUGGACAAAGUGUGCUUGAUCAAUAGCUACGGGCCUUCAGAGGCCACUAUCUGGACCUCAAUGGCUUACCUUCAGCGUGGAAUCGCACCAGCCAACAUUGGCAGAGGGCUAGGAACCGUUCUCUGGGUUGUUGACCCGUCUAACUCUGAUCAACUGUCCCCUAUUGGUACAGUGGGCGAGCUUCUUAUCGAAGGCCCCCUUCUUGCGCGAGGCUAUCUCAACGAUGCUGAGAAAACCGCUGCAUCAUUCAUCACCAAUCCCGCAUGGGUGCACCGGCUUGGGCUCGGGACUGACCGUCGAAUGUACAAGACUGGUGACUUGGUCAAGGUUCGUGGCCAGCGUGUUGAGAUUGGCGAGAUUGAACAUCGCCUCCAGGAGACUAUAAAUGAUGGAACUAGGGUCGCUGUUGACCUCAUCCAUUCACCUGUCUAUCACGAUUAG